AUGCUCAACUGCUGGGAGACGGUGGAGUUAGUGUGGCAAGAUCUGCUGGAGGUGCUGUGUGACGGCAUCCACCUGCACUACGUCAUUCCCAACCAGUUUAUCGACUCCCCGGAGUGGGAGUCGGAGCGGGUGUUCGGCGGCCCGACCAACGCCGGCCUCGUCUCCAGCGUCAGUCCGCGGCUCGACCCGGACGACGUGUACCAGGUUUCUAUUACUGCUGUGGAGGACUCGACGUACCUGACGUGGAGUUCAACGUCGCUCUUGCUUAUCAUGAAGAAUAAUUGUUUUCUUAAUGCUGUGAUACGCAACCUCGUUGGUAAAGACAUCUCGCAGAAGCUGUACCGGGUCACCGAGCGGAUGGGCGGCGGCCGGCACAAGGAGGACGGCGGCUGCCGCUCGGGCGGCCCCUUCAGCCCGCUGGCGCUCCGCUCACAGAGCGUGGACCGCGUGCACACCGGCACCAAGGGUCUGGUGCGCUCCCAGGUGUGGCUGGGCGGCGGCAGCAGGCGCAGCUCGCACGGCGUCGGCAUCGAGACGGCCGUGGCCCCGGCGCACCGUCCCUACCAUUUCCAUUGAGCCUCGUGACCACACCGCCGGUGGGUGCUCUCCGACAGUUGGCUCGCCAAACCGGGUCCGAGAACUAAGAGCAAUGCACGGCCACUCAUCCAUGGGCCGGAGCCGCCCAGCGCCAUCCGCCUCAUACAGAAGUAUAUCACUCACCCCAGAGAUGGCAGCACGCACGCACCGUCUGGUUCGCCCAGACGUCGAUCGCAGCAGGUCACCGAAGCUGGAGAGAA